AUGCCUGCCUGCCUAUCCAUCGACGCUCUGGAGGGUAUCAUCGAGGCCGCCGCCGCCGCCGACCGAACGACGGCCCGCACCCUCUGCCUCGUCGCGCCAUGGACGCAGCGGCUCGCCCAGCCGCACCUAUACGCCACCAUCGCGACCCACCGCAAAGGCGACGCCGCCCUGUUCGACGGGUGGCUCGCGGAGACGACGCAGCGCCGAGCGCCCGCCCCCCGCUCCCAUCACGUCCGCCGACUCUGGCUGGACGGCUACGGCGAGGUCGACCCGCCCUUCCACCAGAUCGACGUCCGCGCCGGCAUCCCUCUCGACCCGACGCUGCUCGCCAACCUCCGUCAGAUCUUUCCCAACCUCCAGUCCGUCGGCUGGGCCGGACGGCGCUGCCCCGACCGCGUCCUCGAACGCAUCCGCCGCGCGGCCUGCGCCCUGCCCCCGUCAAAAAGCGGCGGCGGCGGCGGCGACACGCGAGAGGAGCCGGUCGACCUCGCGCUGCGCGCCAUCCCUCGGAUCUACGCGGAGGAAGGCGGGGGCCCGGGGGAAAGGAACGCGGUUGUCCACGUCGACGCCUUCCGCAACCUCACGCACCUCGCCUUCGGCUUCGUCCGUCUCGUGGACUGUUCGUUCUUCGUCAAGCACAGCGCGAGCGACGCGCUCGCGGGCCUCGAGAUGGUCGUGUUCGAGGUCACGGAGGAGAUCUCGCUUCGGGACUGGAUCAUGCUCGCCGAGUACGUGGGACUGGGUGUGCCGGUGGACGGGCGCAACGACGGGCUGGUCUUCGUGGUAACGAGGUGGGACGAGUUGGAGGACGACUGGGAGAGGGAGGCGUUCGGGGGGGACAGCGUUUGGGAGCGUGCGCGUGUGUUCACAGAGCAGAUGAAGAGUCGGGGAUGGUUGCCACCGCCAGAGGCUUACUGGUUGGACUCGGAAGACGAGGGAUAUGGAUCUUGA